GCCAAGGGAUGUGAGGCCGCGCCCCCUUAGCUCUCAAGCUGCCGCCUCCUUUCCCCCUAUUACGAGGCUGCAGCGUCUACAGGGGGAGAUGCAUGGACGCGUAGCCCAGUGGGAACUGACAGCGGACGCCGGCUUGUUUACGUCUCCCUGAAAAGUCCGGGCAGGACACAGAUUUGGCGCAGAUAAGAAGAGACUUUCAGCAGCUGCAGAAGGACUUGUAUACUGAGCACUAUUUCCAUAAGGGAUCAUGGCAUCAUCUGUUUGUAUCCCGGCAUGCCUCCUCCUCCUCCUCCUCAACCUGCACUUGGCAUCUUUAGGUCCUCUGCUUGAUGCUCAAUGUUCGCUGUCUCCUAUUACUGAAUACCACCCUGUCCAAGCUUUUCUUGAGAGUUUUACCGUUUUAUCUGGCUGUGCAAGUAAAGGAACAGUAAGCCAUCCUCAAGAGGUACACAUAAUCAAUUUGAGAUGUUUGGAGGAAGAUAAUUGUCGGCAUGAAAACGAGGUCUUGUUACAUUUGACACCAAUAUCUGCAAUUUCAGUACAUCAGAAGCCUCUGGUCUUUAUUCUAAACUCUCCAAUUCCCCUAACCUGGGAGCUUAAAACAGAGGGACUUGCAGCAGGUGUACGGAGAUUUUUUUUUGUUUCUCAAGGCUCUUCUGUUAAAUAUGAGGCUGGGAAUUUUUCCUUGUUUUCAGAAACUGUCGAAAAACAUCUUCCUCAAGGAAAUGAACAUCUGUUACAGUGGGCCCAAAACAGUUAUGGAGCAGUGACAUCGUUCACCGAAGCAAAACUGUCCAAAAAUAUUUACAUCAGAAUUGGUGAAGAUCCAGUUUUUCCUCUGACAUGUAAAAUAGAAAAGAAUUUUCUUUCUCUGAAUUAUCUUGCUCGUUAUCUUCAGCCUCAGCCUGCUCAGGGUUGCAAAUUAACAUCUAAUGAAGAAAGGGAAGUUCACAUAAUUGAAUUAGAUGCUCCAAGCUCCAAACAAUACAGUUCAUUCCAGGUGGACAUAAUAAUUGACAUCAGGCCACUUCAUCCAGGUUCUAAGCUUGCCAGAAAUCUUGUUCUUAUCCUCAAGUGCAGAAAUGCUGUCAACUGGGUUAUCAAGACACAUGAUGUUGAGGGAAAGCUGGAAGUACUGGGUGGUAACACAGUCAGCUUUGGAAAAGAGGCCGACAAGUCAUUGUUCACAAGCAAAUCAGUGAUCCCUGACAUGCCAUCGACAAAAGCAAGUUUAAUGAAAUGGGCAUUUGACAGGGGAUUUAGCCCUGUAACUUCCUACACAUAUGCACCAGUUGCAAAUCAAUUUCAAAUCAGGCUCUUUGAUGACAUAGAAUUGAAUGAUGAAGAUGAACAUUUAAUUCCUCCAGAGCUAAUAAUGCUUCUAGAUACAGAUAAACCAUUUGUGCCUGAAAAAUUUAGCCCAAUAGACAGAAAGAAUAGUAAGGAGGGGGAGGCUGUACAUUCCUCAGACAUGUUGGAUAAAAUAAUUCACAAUCUUGGAAUUGAAGAACUUUCUCAAGAACAUAAAGAACCGGAAGAAGUUCAGGGGAAUAUAAACAUAGCCCUAUCGGUGAAAUGUGAUAACCAGAAGAUGGAGGCUUCAAUAGAAAAGGAAAGUCUACAGGCAUAUGGAUACAUAGAGACUGAGCUUUCUCUCCUCGAUCCAACAUGCCGUGCAUCAGAAAAUGCCACUCAUUUUAUCUUAAAGUCCUCUUUGACUGGAUGUGGAACACAGCAUAACAUUGACGACUUAAAAAACAUUGUUUACUACAAUACUAUUGUUAUACAGCUGUCACCACCCACUGAGGGAAGUGGCUGGUCUAGCGAUUACGUGGAUUUGGAAUCUGGAGAUAACGGUUUUCCGGGAGACACAGAUGAAAUUGAAAUAGGUCUUCCCUACUUGAAGAGGCCUGAAAUUGUGGUGUUCAACUGCACAAUUCCACAAGAGACCAGGUCUUCUGAAGAUCUUGUAAUGUUUGUACGUCCAGAAUCAACUAUAAACAAUGUUACAUUUAACAUGGAUCUCUAUAAAACAGAUUUGUUCCUUACUCCCUCGCAGAAGCUCUUCUCUGUUGCUGAAAAUGGACAAGUAUAUGUGGAGGUUUCUGUAACAAAGGCAGAAAAAGACUUGGGGUUCACUAUACAAACAUGCUUUAUUUCACCCCACUCCAAUCCAGACAUCAUGUCAGAAUAUACUAUAAUAGAAAAUAUAUGUCCAAAAGAUGAAUCCGUGAAAUUUUACAAUGUGAAGAGAAUGAACUUCCCUGUUCUUUCGGAACAAAUGGAUAAAAAGAGAUUCAGCUUCAUGUUUAAAUCUGUGUUUAAUAACUCACUGCUGUUCCUCCACUGUGAGUUAACAUUGUGCACCACUAAUGGCAAAGAGAUGGAAGGGCUGCCAAAGUGUAUUCCUCCCGAUGAAGCCUGCACUUCUCUCAAUGUUGAGAUGAUUGUGGCAAUGAUGCAGAACAAGAAGACAUUCACUAAACCAUUGGCUGUUAUUAGUCCCAUAGUAAAAACUCCAGGCCCCUCCUUGAAUACAAACAGGCUAAAUGUUACUCAAGCAGUUUUCUAUGGCCUGGAUACUCCAACAGUUGUAGGGAUUGCAUUUGCUGCAUUUAUUAUAGGAGCACUAUUAACUGGAGCGUUAUGGUUCAUCUAUUCUCACACAGGUGAAACAGCAGAAAGGCAGCAAGUCCCUACGACCCCACCAGCUUCAGAGAACAGCAGUGCAGCACACAGCAUUGGCAGCACACAAAGCACUCCCUGUUCCAGUAACAGCACUGCCUAACCCAACUGAAGGGAACACUCAAGAUCAACCAACGUGAAGGGCAGGAGUUCAAAGUCACUGUUUGUUGAUAUUAGAUUUCUAAGCUGAAAAGAUUUAUUUGGCUUCUUUCUUAAAGGGAAGAGAGAAAUCUCAGUGUAACAUCGCCUGAUUUUUGUUUUCUCCCUGGUUGGAUGCAGUCUUUGGACCUUUCCGAAGCUUUUCACGCCAAAGAGUGGUUAUACUACUAAUUAUGCAGUGUGAAAACCUGCAACAUGGGUUCCUUGGCUCUCAAUGUGAAGUGUGUGCCAGUUUAAAUAAUGCUGCUUCUAUCCUUUCAACCUGCAUCUGAGCACCAUGGCCUUGUAUACCGCUGAAAAAAAGCCAUAUGCCUAUUUGGUAUAUUUUGAAAUUGCCAUGGACUCUCUCAUGCAGUAUCAAUAUUUAGCCACUAUAAAGCAGCACUUUCUCUAAUGGUCCAUUAUUGAUGUUUUGUUGCUCUACGUGCAACUUUCUGGGUCUACUUUGACUUCGUCAACUCUGUGCAUUUCUUCAUGGACCAAUAUUGCCCAAAGUUCUGUCUCAGUAAGCAUCUGUUUAUAUAGAGUAUGGGCAACAGCUUGUCUUAAUGUGACUGUAGAGACAGGGCCGCAUAGAUACAGCUUUAAUGAGUCUGCCUGCUGCACUUGGAAAAACACUUUACUCUCCAAGUGCUUUUUCAUGAGAGAGCUUUUCCAGGUCUCUGUAGUUUUUGUUGUUGUGAAACAAUAGCGAGGCAAGGCUCUAAAAAUCCCCUGCUGAUUCUAUUGCAUGUGACUGCAGUCUAUUGCUGAGCGACAGACAUUAGCCACCAUGCCUUGUUGUGUUACCUGAUGAGGGGUUUUUAACACUACCUGUGAGAAAGAUUGAUUGAAUGUAUACAGGAACCUGGAACAUUGGGAUAAAAAUAUUUUGCUUAUAGCAUUUAAAAUAAAAAAAUAAAAAUAGGGAAUAGUGGAAUAUAUUUUAUUAAAGUAUUCUGGCUUCUAAGCUUAAGUAAAAGAGGGAAAAAUAUCUUAUACGUGUUUCAUUCCAAAGGUUUAGCUUUUAUACAAGAACUUUUAGAAGCCUAACAACAAGCAAUAACACUUUUUCACUGAUGAUAUAGUCGUCUUUGUGACACUAAGGAAAGUAAUGUAAUAAAAGUACCAGUUUGAUAUCUAAAAUAAGAGCUUGGUAGCUUUUAAUGUCCGAAUUUCUAAGGAUCCUUUAUAGUUAUCUCACUAUAUACCUUUUACAGAGAGAUUUAAAGAGUGAUGUUUAUCUCGCUGAUGACAAUCAGUAAUUGGCAGGAAUAUGCUUCUGUGGCACUUUGCAGAGGAUUUUCUAGCACAGUGAUUUAGUUUGUAAAUCGGAGAUGUUACUUAACCAGACAAAGAAAAAAAAACAGUACUUGGCUGAUGGGUCCGUGUGCUGAUCUAUAUGGCAUCUGUAUUCCUGCAACCCCUGCACUCCCUUCUUCACUAUCUCUUCAUGAAACCAUGCACUCAAAGCCCAAAGACUGAUUUUAUGUGUAUUUCAUCUGUUCCUUAUUCUAUAAACCCCAUAAUACGUACAUAAUAUCUUGUUAAUAAUAUAUUAUAGCUGUGAUUCCCAGUUACAGUAUUAUAACUGAAUAAUAGUUAUUUAUGUUUGUGGUAUCACUUGCAUUAUAGGCUACACUGUUUCACCAACUAAAACUCAUUUGUUUGAGUUAUACGGCCAAACUGCAAUAAUACACAUCACAGCAUUCCAAUGGAGACUCCAGAAUUGUCCAAAA